CGAAGAAGAAGAAGAAGGAGCAAACAUUUCGCUGCGCCUGCAGAUCUGUGUACUCUGACCAAAUAAACCUUGAUUUGAUCGAUAGUCCCCAACUUGACAAAAACGGUCCGCUGGAACGCGCCCUUUAGUUGAAGUGGUCACGUUACUUUACUUUUUGUUGAUACACGAGUUCACCAGAGAAGUAAAACGCUGCAGUCACUUUCUCUGACAUGGCCUCGCCUGCACCUGGAGCGGGAUUCCAGAACAAGAACCGUGUUGCCAUUUUGGCUGAAUUGGACAAGGAGAAGAGACGCUUGAUACAGAACUCCUCCAUGAAUAACCCUGGAGCCAGCAUCCCUCUCUCCAGACCAGCCCUGAAUAAAGACUUCAGAGACCACGCGGAGCAGCAGCACAUCGCUGCCCAGCAGAAGGCAGCUCUGCAGCAUGCCCAUGCUCACUCUUCUGGAUUCUUCAUCACUCAAGACUCGUCCUUCGGGAACCUGAUCCUCCCGGUGCUGCCCCGUCUGGACCCACCUCCACCAGCAGAAUAACAGAACCUGAAGAAGAAAACACCCAACGCCUAAAAGCAACACCUGUUGGGUGUUGACCAAUGGCAGCGGACCACAGAUCACGUGUUGACCAAUGGCGGCGGGGCCACAGAUCACCUGUUGGGUGUUGACCAAUGGCAGCGGACCACAGAUCGGCCCUCAUUUUUCCCAACGAUUCUGUUGAAUUGCCCCUGUUCGUCGACACACGGCACAUCGUUCAGUGGCCGACGUUCGUUUCUGGUGUUUUCUCCACGAACAGACAACACUUUGUUACAAGGACUUUCUGAACAAGGUCUGGGAUUGUUUGUUGAAGCUAAGGGUCAUGUUAUUUCUGUCUAUUUUUGGUGCACCGUACAUCAUGUGGUUUUGAAAGACAAAUGUCAUUUUUCUAACAUUUUUUUAUGAAUGGAAAAAAGGCCUCAUCAAAUAAAGAUCAAGUCAACAACAA